AAACAUGGCCGCGCCCAGGACAGAUGUAUGGGUGAUGGAAGACCUAUUUAAAUGAGUGUUUUAGGACAAAUCAUGUAUCAAAGAUAUUUACGGUUAUGGUAUUUUGUUUGAAAUGGAAGAACAGCAUCGAAUUAAGCUGUUUGUUUGUAGUGACAAUGUACUGGUAUGGAAUGCAGAAGACGUGUCUUUUUUGAGGGAUGAAAUGAGAGUUGUUGGAAACCAGAUUGGAUGUUUGCCAAGAUUCCCAAGACAGAACAGCUUUCUAGGGCUGCCACUCCUUCUGAUGCCAGAAGAGGUUUCCUUACUAUUAAACAAAGGUGUUGCAGAUCUUGAAAAGGGAGAUAAUCCACUGGAAACUCCAACACAGCAGCAAAUUGAGGAAUAUCAUCAACUAUGUGAUGAAAGCUAUAAGGAACAGGUGGAGCUUUUCCGAGAGGAAAGAAAAAGGGAAAUAGAACAAAACCUUCCGAAAAUCAUAGAUGGAAAGAAAGAAAAGAGAAGGAAGGAAAUAGAAGAAAAGAAGAAAGCUGGAGAAGAAGUUGAUGAGUCUGAGUUAGACAAGGAGAUAACAAUUGAUGUGGACAGUAUCCCCAUUCCAUCCCUGCCACGUAAUCACGCCCUGGUCCAGCUCUUCACAGAAUCACCUUGGAAGGGAGAGAAAUCUGGAGGAGAUAUGGCAUCUUGGAAUUUCCCGUCGACUGAGAAAGAGAAGAUCCGCUGUCGUGUGUUCCAGGACCUUUGGGAGAAAGGGAACUUCCUGACGUCCGGAGCGAAGUUUGGAGGAGAUUUCCUUGUCUACCCAGGGGAUCCUGGCAAAUUCCACUCUCACUAUGUGGCUAUAUGUAUGGAGCAUCAGAAAAACUUGACCCCACUUGACCUCGUUGCCAUGGGCAGAUUGGGGUCAAAUGUCAAGAAGACUGUAGUGUUGUGUUCAUUGGACCAGGAAGACCAUCUACAGUACACUUCUCUACAGUGGACUGGAAUCACCUGAUGUCUACAGGUUAAUUGUAUGCAUAGAUUGAAGCUUGUGCGUCAUUGGUCAGCGAGGUUCUUUCCCGUUAGUACCAUGUUAUGUAAUAACUUCCCGAAAGUUGAAAGGUUUGUUUUUUUGGGCAAUCCUCGUAGUGCAAAUGUCUAGGAUGAACAAGCGACCUUUUGAAAGGUCAAGGUUAUGUAUGCCUCUGAAAAGGUGGUGAUCCUGAUGGGCGUCGACAUGUGUUAGCAGUUGAUGUGUCGUAAUUAUCCUGCCUACACAUCCACUCCAGGGGAUAGAUAGCCCAUGAGAGUUAAAAUGUACAGCAUUUUGUGAAAAUAUCAAAUAGCCUUUUCUUGCACCUCUGACAGAGAUGUCCAACGUCAUAGCCCAUGCUAGAAUUUUCUAUCUUGUCCAACCUGUCUUGUACAUUGACGCGACAUUUCGCAGAAUUUUAACACUGUGAUGUAUUCAUCCGCGCGUUAACUGCAUGAAAUUGGCAAUUGGCAUUAUAAAUGUUCUGAUUUGUCGUUAUAUGUAUAGUUUUUAUGUUGUUAGAUAUUUGAUGUUUUAGAUAAAAUAUAAUCUACACUGAAACACAUUGUCGUCUAUGUUAGGACAGACUACAUUUUUAACUGAAAGUGUUGAAAUGUAGCUGAAGAGUGAAGAGAUCAUUUGAGGCCCAAGACGGGAUACUUAAGCUACAUUUCAACGCUUCCGGGUAAAAAUGCUGUUAUGAGUUAAUGGUAGUACAUUAACUCAUAUAGCUCAGGGGUAGGGAUACUGGGUAUAUGUAUAUGUGGAGGCAUGUACACCAUACCCAACAUAAGUAACUUGUAUUUUGCCUAAUGUUUAAUUUAAAAAGUAAUUUUGAAUUAUUCAAAUGAUUCAAGUGCUUUUGUUUUCAUUUGCCUGUAACAUCUAGAACUCAUUGUGUAUACAAGAAAGAAAAAAAGUUUGUAGAUGGCAGUUUUUACCCAUUGAUGUGAAAGGAAAAAUCAGAUUUGCCAGCUACAUCUGAUAGCCUGCAAGAGGCAUUUUAAGAUGGGAAAACCUGUAAAAGCUUGUUUAACCAUUUCACCCUUAUGCAACUUUAGUAGACUCUACCAUGCAUUGAUCUGGAUGAGUCCAUUAUGGUAUACAGCGGUGAAAGGGUCAUGCCCAAAAGAAAUAUGCAGAUUAUUAUGGUAAUUGUGUACAUUAUUCAAGUUCCAAUGUGAAAGGUCAAGGUCAACAUAUCUGAAAAUGAUGAAGGACUGUUGAAACAGAGUUAGACAUGAGUCUGAUGUUGUAUUGUGAAUAUUUUUUUAGAAAUCUGCUGGUACCGUAUGUGGGUAUUGGGAAUUCAGUCCCAUAAAAUUAUAAACCAAUUAUGCAAUUGAUCAUUGACCAGUUUACGACCUCCUAUAACAAACUGAUUAUUGAUUAUGAUU